AUGCCUGUUCCUGUCCACCCCAUGUCGUCGGGGCAGCAGACAUAUCUGCAAGAAGCCAUGGCCUCCGACAGGAAAACCCACACUCGGGCGGCCUCAUCCCCAGGCCCCGACGACGAGCGAACGCCCCUCGCGCCCGUUUCUGCUCCCCACCAACAUGCCACCUUACUCUAUGGGGACGAGAGACUGCUCCUUCGGCUUUAUUUAGCCUCAGACGUGCCUAGAGAUCUCUUGACAACCUCCUCCUUGGGUGCUUGUAUUGCCUACUUCUACCACCUACCGCUCGCAGUGAAAAUGCGCCACUCUCACACGAUACCCCUUUGCCGCUCAAUGGUCAUCUGCACCGCGGAUUUCCGGAAUCCGCCAGGGCUUCACGUGCGACUGCCCGGGAGCGAGCCGACGGAGGACGACAUAUCAGGAGCCAACCCCACCCGCGGCCUCAUCUGUUGUGCGAGGGAAUGCCGUCUUGCUGUAUCGACAAACGUACUGUUUUUGGGUCACUCGGUCACAGACUCUCAUGGUAAGGAGGCGAUGCCCCAUUACGAGCGAAUACUUGGCGGUACUGCAACCAUGCCUAUAAGACAUUUACCCUCUCGUAGACUAAGCCUCGCGAAACUGCCGAUGGGCAAGCACAAGACCGACGUUACUGUAAGAGGGAAUCAAGGGGGAAGCAAAAGGUUCUCGAAUCCAAAUAGAACAUCCGUUAGCAAUUGCCGUGGUCCGUGUUUUAAUGCCUGCGACGACCAGGCAUGUCAGAACUCUUUUCAAGAGAUUGCAUUUUACUGCGAACGGUUGCGGAACGUUGCACUCACUACCCUGCAGGCGCACAAAUUGCCAUCAAUAACAACCGUUGGCUAUCGUUGCUUGCCAGGUGCUGGAAAUAUUGAAGUUGUUGGUCCUUUGAAGUAA